AUGGGAGACCUUUUUUCUUUAUUUUGGGAGGUGGGUCCUCCCCCCAUACCUGUAAAUUUUACCAUUCCAAAUCAAGAUUAUGAAUGCCAGAAGGAUGACUCUUGCGGGACAAUAGGGAACUUCCUUCUUUGGUAUUUUGUCAUUACGUUCGUCCUGAUGCUGUUCUCUCGGGCUUCUGUCUGGAUGUCUGAGAAGAAAAAGAAUGAAGACAAUGGGACAAGCAGUUCACUAAGUAAAGCAAGCAAAGAUACUUCCUAUAAGCGGCAAAACAAAGAUGGUGCCUGGGAUUCUUUGCAAAUGAUGACAAAACCAAAGCAGAACCAACUUACUCUUGUAACUGGGACUUCAGAAGACUCAGAAGUGUCUUUGGUCAAUGCAUAUCUUAAACAAAGACGAGCGAGGCACCAUUCUGAAUUCAGCCGGGUGAAUCAGACCCAACCUGACAGUGGUACUACUGAGUGUGAAGUAUCUAACUCCGGAGCCUCCUCUUGGAAGGAGAGUGAAAAUGAACACCACCAAUCACCAGCCAGUAUUAAGAAGAGAAAAAUAGCUCAGAGGCGAAGGAAUAUGGGAGGUUGCCAAAUCAGGGAAAGGCCCAGCCUCCACUGCAAAGCCAUGAGAACCAAUGAGUGGGUGACCCGCCAUUUCCUUCAAAACACUUCAUUAACAACCCCAAUGAAGGGAGAUAUUCAAGAAGGAAAUUCUGGACCUGGUAUUAACAUAAAAUUCAGUAAAUUUUGAAUUUUAUCCAGUCCUUACCUUACUUGAAGCCAAAUGAAAGAGAUGAAUAAAACACAAAAAAAUCACUAGAGCUCUAGGAGCCUCUUUUUUUCCCUGAUUCUCAUGCAUGUUGUUACAGUGUGAUCCUGCCUGUUUCCAUCCCUUCACCCUGUCCAGGCAUUGAUUUCAGUAGGACGUUCUUCCAAUCAAAGUUCCUUCCUGAGAAUUUGGAAUUGGGACCAGGAAAGAG